UAAUUUUUAGUACUGUCUUCUGAUAUACCAUGACAGAAUUUGCUCUCCUAAAAUUUGUAAGUGGGAGGUAGUCCAGGGUUAUGAAGGCAUCCAUAUAUCUACUUCUAUGAAUGCUGCAAGUUCUUAUCUACAGAUCAAGUCCUGUUUGUAGAACGGUUAGGGGCUCGUAUACGGCUUCCGUAGCUGGCUGUGGAUGUUAAGUGCUGUCAUGUAAAAACAAACAAAAAAAAUUUCCCACUUAUUGGAUUUGUUGUACAAAAUCUUGGUUACAUGGUGAAACAGUAAUAUAAAUAAAACGUAGAAUCUGCAACAUAGUGCUGUCUUUCUCACCACUAGUGUGGGUGCAUGCCAAUAAAUUUGUGAGGUUAUUUCUCAUAUUUUUACAGUUUUCCUUAGAAGGCCUUCUUUGCAGAAGGGCACUUACCACCCUUGAUUUUGCAGAUAUUGGAGAUUAGAAAGUACUCAUAAAUCCUCUUAAAACUGCCACUUCUGUGUACAAAUAUAUCUUCGGUUUUUUAGUUGGAUGUUUUUUUUAAAAUCUGAAAUUUGAAAGGUAGUUUUUCCUAAUGAGUGUCGUUGUCUUUUAAGGGAAAUUGUAUACUGUACAAUAUAAUGUAGUUCUUAAUUUUUGAAAACUUUUCUGUAACAGAGCUAGAUUAUCCUAACAACCUCAAGAGGAACUGUUUGAAAUUCAGCAGUAGUUAAUAAUACUUUAAAAAGUAUCCAGCUGCUAGCAGAUUUGCAAACUGCUGUAGUGAUGUUAUUUUAUCCAUGUGGGGUUUAUCCCAGGUGUUUAUCCUGUAAAUAUUUACUACUGUCUUAAAAUGGUAUCACUGUUCGUUAUGUCUUCACCUUGUCAGAUGCUUUUACAAAUAUAAAAUGUAUUUUGAAUAAUCUUUUCUGUAUUACUUUGACAAAGCAAUUUGAGAUAGAAAAGUUGUAUUUUGCAUCAUGGGAUAAGAAAGAAUGAGUGGUUAGUCUUUAAAUUGUCUAAAAGUCACUGUAAGCAAAGUUAAACUUCUGAUUACAAUUUGCACUUUUUAGGGUUUUUUUUCAUCUAGCUUAGAAAAAAAACCCAACUUAGUAUCUCUUUUAUUCUUCAAAGGAAAAUUGAAAGGUUUUAAAUACUGGUCUACUUGGCUUGCCUCUGAGGAAUUAUUCCAUAACUUCCCUUACCUUACUAAGGAAACAUUUGUAGGUGCCCAGAAUUCUCUGAGUAUGUCUGGGUGUGUUUUGUUUUAGAAUGUCACUUGUAUCAGUUGCCUUUGAGGAGUUAUCUUUUUGUAUUUCUGAUUAAUUUAAUGUAAUUUUACUUCAUUCUUUAGAUGCAUAUGUUAGCUGAUCAGUAACUACCAUGUUAGAAAUACAUUUGGGGAGAAAAAGUAAAAAGAAGUUUGUAAGUGUGAUAAAUUGCAAUACAGAUGUUUUGUAAGCAGAGGAACAAUUGACAGUAUUAAUUAAGCAAUUUGAAUUUGAGAGUAACCUGAAAAUUAUCUGUGAAGUAUAGUUUUAAAAUAAGAAUGCUUUUCAUGAUUAUAGUGUGACUCGCUGAAUUAGUAGUGUAAUGAAAACAAUGUAAAUUCCUGACUUUUUAAAUGUGUGUUGUCUAAAUGGCUUUUCCUUUGUGCUUUUAAUUUGUCUAAACUGGUUUUCUCAGCCUAAGGGAGCAUGCUGUGCUCUUCUGUAUGGAAUAGCCUAGUUUGAGGCUCCAUUCUAGCCUUUCCUUCCCUCAAAUCAACUCGGAACAAAACAGAGAAGACUUUGUAAAUCAUUACUCAGCAAUUUAGUUAGAAAAUUCAUGGCCACCUGCCUUGGUGUCUUCAAGUGUCUUCAGCUCUAAAGAUGGGGUUUUGGGUAAGGUUUUUCUGGUUUUCAUUAAGCAGCUCUGUUGAGGGGGGGAAAAAGAGAAGCUGUCUUCAAGUAACCAUGCAAAUUGCAUGUAAACAUUCCUCUCCAGGACCAUAAACCCACUGCAAUCAAGCGGGAGACAUUUCUGUAUCAGUAUCUUGAUAUCAUGAAUAUGUUUGUGUGUCCUUGUGCUUGCAGGCAAAGCGAAACUUUGGUUCCUUUUCACUACUUACUUUUCUUGAGCUCUGUUAUGCCUAUUUGUUGCUUUUUGGUUUUUGUGUUGGGUUUUUUUGUGGUUUUGGUUUUUUUUUCCCUGCAGUAGCAACCUUUUGUUGUGUAAAUGGAGGUUAGCAUAAUCAGUAGUGUGGUUAGAUAAUCACAGUAUUGAUAGCACUUCCUUGCACUUACUUUUUUUUUUCUUUUUACAUUUUCUCUUUUGCUUCCAGAAUGAUGUGUGGUGCUGCCACUAUAAUCAUCUUAAAUCAGCAGACAUUAGAAAUUGCCUGUCAAAUAAUGUGUUUAUGCUUUAUGGUGACACUCGCAGUUCAUACCUCAUUUGUAGUUGAAACGUGGACAAACUUGUGAUAGAUCUGGAACAGAGCCGUGACCUUAGCAGUACAAUUGUACACAUUGACAUGGAUGCCUUCUAUGCAGCCGUCGAAAUGAGAGACAAUCCAGAGCUGAAGGAAAAGCCUAUAGCAGUGGGAUCAAUGAGCAUGUUGUCUACCUCAAAUUACCACGCUAGAAGAUUUGGUGUACGUGCAGCCAUGCCGGGAUUUAUUGCUAAAAAGCUAUGUCCACAUCUAACUAUAGUACCAUUAAACUUCGAAAAAUAUGGCAAAGUGAGUAAAGAGGUUAGAGAAAUACUGACCGAAUAUGAUCCCAAUUUUAUGCCUAUGGGCCUAGAUGAAGCCUACCUGAACAUAACAGAGCACUUGGAGGAAAGACUAAACUGGCCUGAAGAUAAGAGAAGAUUCUUUCUUAACACAGAAAGCACUACAGAAAGAAAUAAAGAUGAUAUGUCUGCCAAAUUGAAUGAAGAUGGAUACUCUUCUUCACCGGUGCUGUUUGAAGACAGCACACCUCUGAUGGAUGACCACCCUGAACACAGACACCAAUCAGUGGGAAAACUGGUUGUCUUCGGAACUUCUGCAGAGGAAGUUGUGAAAGAAAUGCGCUUCAGGAUUGAGCAGAAAACUCAACUGACUGCUAGUGCAGGAAUAGCACCGAAUACAAUGUUAGCAAAAAUGUGCAGUGAUUGUAAUAAACCUAAUGGGCAAUGCAGAAUUGCUCCUGACAGACAAGCAGUGCUAGACUUCAUAAAAGAUUUGCCCAUCAGAAAGGUGCCAGGUAUAGGAAAAGUAACAGAAAAGAUGUUGAAAGCCCUUGGAAUUGUGACUUGCUCAGAACUUUACCAGCAGAGGGCGCUGCUUUCUCUUCUUUUUUCAGAAGCAUCCUGGCGUCAUUUCUUGGAUAUUUCCCUUGGUCUGGGUUCAACACAUUUGGAAAAGGAUGGAGAAAGAAAAAGUAUGAGCACUGAAAGAACAUUCAGUGAACUAAACACAGCAGAAGACCAGUAUAGCUUGUGUCGAGAACUCUGCAGAGACCUUGCUCAGGAUCUACAGAAAGAGGGACUUAAGGGUAAAACUGUUACCUUGAAGCUAAAGAAUGUGAACUUCGAAGUAAAAACGAGAGCUUCAACUGUGCUGUCAUCUGUUUCUACUGAGGAGGAAAUAUUUGCCGUUGCUAAAGAAUUGUUAGGAACAGAAAUUGAUAGUGUUGCUCCUCAUCCUUUACGGAUAAGACUUAUGGGUGUACGAGUAUCAGGAUUUCUAAGUGAAGAAGAGAAGAAGUACAAGCAAAAAAGCAUUAUGAGUUUCCUAAAAUCAGGAAAAGAAGUUGGUUUUCAUAGGCUUCAGCCAGGGAAUUCCAGCCAAGACUAUUUCACAAAAAAUUCAGAAGCAACUCCCAGAGGGAGUUUUUUUGAUAAAAAGCGAGCUGCGAGGCAACUAAACAGUGAGAAUCUUUCUCCAAAUGCAACUGUAGGUAAGCAGCUCUUUCAUGAUAGAAAAUCAUCAGCAAAUUUUGUGGAAGAAACAAAGAAAGUCCCAGAUAUAGAAAAUUCUGAUGUGUCUAAGAUCUUCACCUGCCCUGUUUGCUUUGAGGAGCAAAGUAGCGAUAAUUUGGAAGAGCUUAAUAGGCAUAUUGAUGAGUGCCUCAAUGGGACUGUUGUUAAAGAUACUGUGGAAAUGUCCAAGAUUGACAAUUCAAGCAAAAAUACACUUAGCUUUCUUACACAAUUUAAAAACGAAAAUGUUGAUGAAUGUGAAAAAAAUAAAACAGAUCAGUUAGCAGAAACAGACCGGUCUGCGAGUACAUCUGACAACUCUACUAGCAAUAGCACAGAAAAAUUCACUCGGGUAAUAUCUGAUAAACUUCAAAGAGAGAGACAGCCUAGCAGUCUCAGUGAUAUUGCUAGAAGUGUGUGUAUGAAACAGUGUCUCUUCCCCAAAAGAAUUUCACAAGAUGAUGAAGACCAUUUUGAAAAGACUGAACAUACAGAAGAAACUAGCUCGCCCUGUUUCUUCGGAGCCAAAGAAAACAGUGUUCUUGUUUGUCCAGUCUGUAAUUCAGAACAAAAAACUACCAGUCUUGUGUCAUUUAACAGACAUGUUGAUGUCUGCUUGAACAAAGGCCUUAUCCAGGAGCUGACAGAAAAAAAAGAUAUUCCUACUAAGACUUAUAACAUCGAAAACUCAAACAGAGUUGGAGGCUUAAGCAGAGGACAGCAAUGCACAAAUCCAUCACACGGAAUAAAAAGGUCUGGACUAACAACUUCACAGUCAGUAUCAAAAAAGGCCAAGUCGAGCAAUUCCACACAUACAAUUGAAAUGUUUUUUAAAUGACUGUGUAGCAACAUAUUCUAUAUGAAGUAUUUCAUAGUGUUUUAUGACUGCAAAUUAAUUUAAUGUUGGUGAUAGGCUGGAUUCAGGUGCCUGUCACUUUGGAGCCAUGGUUUGCCUGUGUAAAAAGAACAUGAUGUUUGAGGUAGAAGAAGAGGUACAACUGAGGUGAUUCUUUUUUUUUUUUUUUGAGUAAUACUUUUUUUCCCAGUUAUUUCUGAGAGUCAAAAUUUAGCAAAUUUUAGCACUUUGACUUUGUUUAUAUUGAACAUGUGGAACUUUACUGGAGUCACCAGCAGACUCAUUAAUUUUCUCUGCUGUUCAGCAAACAGAAGAGGGAGAUUAGAGCAAGCGGAAUCAUUGGCUAGGGUGCCACGCUGUGCUUACUGAAGACCCUCAUCCACACUGACCUGCUGUCAUCUUUGUUGAUUAUAUUGGCCGAGGUAACCAUAGUACCUCAGGCUGACAGUUCCUUGGACAGUUCAACACCAAAUUUAAUUGUGGUAUUAGUUGUGUGAUAAUGAAGAAGAGCUGAGUUGCUCAGUUUCAGCUUACGAAUGUCUGUCUUCUCAGCCACAAAUUGAUCGGUCUCACAGUUUCAGAGGAAAAGAACAAGAAUUUAGAGCACAGUCAAGCUUUCAUUGUCACUGAAAAUGGCUUCAGUGAGAGUUGAUGGACCAGCCCUGAAGGACUCAUUUUGACGAGAUACAGGAUGACUUCACUGAUUUUAAAAAACAUUGAUCUGUUGAUGAGAGAAGGAUUCCUCUAGGCUGGUCAGGCAAAUGCUAUUUGAUCCUUGGCCUUUCCAAACAGACUGAGAACUUCAACUUUCUUCGCAAUUGUGAAAUUGUUACUGGUCAGUAGCACUAAAUUUACUCUAAAUAAAAGGUCAUGGUGCAAUAAUAAUAGGAAAGAUGUGCAAAUUUGCAAGAUGCUGAACCUUCUUAUGGUUUACCGUUCUCAUUAAAAUUAUUUUGUAUUUCUGAAUAUAUUUUAUUAGUGUAUAUGCAGAAGAAGGAAGUCGUAAAGUGGAAAUAUUGAAAAUAAUCUGUUUAGAUUCUUCUGUUCACACCAAAUUGCUUAAAUGUAGACAUAAUUAAAUAUUUAUCAGGCAAAUAAUUUAUGAUAGCGGCAUAUUUCUUAAGUUAUACAAACAAUGUCAAAUGCUGUAUGAAAUAUAAACUGCUUUUUAACUGCAAAAUCUUUAAAAGAAAUGGCUACGAUAGAAACAUCUGCUUUGUUGUUUAACUGUAUUGGAAGUAUUGUGGGUUUGCUUGGUUUUUAAACAAACAAAUGCAUACCUGGUAUGUUUUAGAUGCCCAGGCUAAGUCCAGAACAUGCUUGUUUCCAGACUUGCCAGAAUGAUUUCACUGUCUCUACCUGCUCAUCUGUGUGUUUGCUAGAUGCCACUGUACCCACAGCUCUGUCAAUUGAAUUCAUGUCAGUGCUCCCUUACCUGUUUUGGACCAACUCAGCUGGACCAGUUCAGACUAUGUAAACUGACUGGGUUGACUUUGUGUAAACCAGUUCAGUGACCAUUCAGCGUGAGCUGUUCUGUUGACGGAGGUGGGAGCUGGAAACUUUUGGUAGGAAAGACAUAAAAGCAACUGAGGGAACAGUGGCGUAAGAUACCACUGCUGUUUAGAAAGUGAACACCUGUCCCUUCAUUAGCUUGUAUCUCUGAUUCAAUAAACUGUAGAAUUAAGUAUUA